AUACAGCAGCGUGUUUCUCUCUAAAGCUUCCGUGUAGAAACGUUUAAUUCGAGGAGUUCCGUCAUCUCGAGAGCAGUGGGAUAUCAGAACAUAGACAUUUCAUUGUUGAAGUACAAACAUAAGGCGUUAAAGAGCGGGGCAAACGCUCACACGGGAAGCGGCAUGGACUGGAAAGACCAACGCUCAUGACAGCUGCAUAGAAACGGGGGAAAACUCUUUAUAUUAGGAUUAUGGUAGAUUCCAGUGGCCCACAGAAAGACUGGUACUCAAUACUGGGUGCCUGUCCAACAGAUGACAUUAAAGAACUGAAACAGAAGUAUCAGAAGCUCAUACUCAUGUUUCACCCGGACAAGCAGAGGCCAGACGUAUCAGAAGGUGAAGCGGAGCAGCACCUGCAGAGAUUCAUUGACGUUGACCAAGCUUGGAAGAUCUUGAGUAAUGAGGAGAGCAGGAAGGAGUACAACCUUCAGCUGCGGGCAAAUGAACUGAAACAGAGCUGGCCAGUGGACGCUCAUAUAACCCUCGACGACAUGAACUGGGAUUGUGACACUGAGUGUUAUACGUACAGCUGCCGCUGUGGAGGAGAAUUCAUCUUAGAGAAGGAUGACUUAAAAGAAAUGGAAAUGGUUGUGUGCUGCGAUUCCUGUUCGCUCAGCAUUGAAGUUAAGAAGGUUACAUGACAUUUUUGGCUAUGUUCAGCAAGAUUCUUAUUGGACUAUUAUUUAGCUCUUUUAAAAUGGCACAUAUUCUAUGGACACGGUUGAUUUAACAGGAAGUCAACCCCAUUCUUAACUAAAUGUGGCACCAAUGAGAAAGUAUUUAAUUAAAUAUUUAUUCAUGAAUUUAAUAGAGAUUACUUUUUUAAUUGUCUCCACAUAGAUAUUCAAAUCAACUACACUGUAAAAACCUUCCCAUUAUCCAUUUCUUUUCUUGUUUAAGAGCACAAAAUUUUCACUCACAUGUACCUUACAGCAAGUACAUCACCAAAUAACCAGAACUGGUUUCCAAAAUUGGGUCACACUAGACUCUGAGUGUCUCAGAAAGCCCUUUGGUUGUUUCCUCUGAGCUAGACGUGCUCUUUUACGGACCAG